AUGAACAAGAGACGGUCUUCACGGAUUUCUCCCUUUGUUGAUGAAGACUCCUCCUUCAUCAGUCUGUCCACGGAUAAUUUGGUUCCGGCUGAUUUUCACGAUAACAAUACUUCUCGCUCAUCUCAUCAACUCAUCUCGGGUGUAACAAACUCAGUUGAUGAACUCACCAUUGACGAAUCAUGUGCAAUCGCCGAUGAUAAUAACAAUGGUAACAAUGAUGGAGGUGAAAGUACUUUGCGUACAGAUUUAAAUAACUCUUGUCUGGGAGUGGCUAGUUCCGAGUCUCCGCUUCCAUCUGCACUGAAAUCAACUACUACACUGCCACUGCUUGUUUCUCCAUCUCCGCAACUUAGCACUCCCAGCAACAAAAAUCUUCUUAGACCAAAGUCAAACAUGAGUGAUUACAACAAGUCUACUAGUCAAGUCAAUAGUGUUACAGCUAGUGCUACAGCUAGUGUCAACUCCACUUUAACCAAAACGCCGCUCAAGAACCCAUCUUAUAUUCCACCCUGGACCGAACCAUAUAUUAUCGGGAUUGCCGGUAAUUCGGGCAGUGGUAAGACUUCGAUAUCGCAGCAAAUUAUCCAAGGUAUAAACCAACCAUGGACUGUGUUGCUUUCGUUUGAUAAUUUUUACAAGAGUUUGACACCGGAGCAAAGCAAACGAGCAUUUGCCAAUGAUUAUGAUUUUGAUACUCCAGAUUCAUUGGAUAUCGAUGCCAUAGUGGAAGUAGUGGAAAAUUUGAAACAGGGAAGAAAAGCCACAAUACCCUGCUACUCGUUUGCCAAGCAUGCGAGAUUAGAAAGAACAAACACUAUAUAUGGUGCCAAUGUAGUGAUCCUAGAGGGUCUUUAUGCAUUGUAUGACGAGAGAUUGUUAUCGAUGAUGGACUUGAAGAUCUAUGUGGAUACGGAUUUGGAUGUAUGUUUAGCAAGAAGACUAACCAGAGAUAUUUUGUAUAGAGGCAGAGAUCUUGAAGGGGCAAUGAAGCAAUGGGAUGGUUUUGUUAAACCCAAUGCGGUGAAGUUUUUAAACCCCACCAUGAGAAAUGCUGAUGUUGUAAUUCCACGUGGGUUGGAUAACACGAUUGCUAUUGAGUUGAUGAUCAAGCAUAUCAAGAAUCAGUUGGCAAUGAAGAGUGCGAGACAUUUACAAAAUUUGAAAAACUUGGGCAUCAAUAUGGAGUUUAAUGUGGAUGACCAUGCGAAUAUCGGUAUUUUGGCUCCAACGAAUCAGGUGAAAGGUAUAAACUCGAUCCUUUUCAACAAGGAUACUCUGAUGAAUGAUUUUAUAUUUUAUUUCAAUCGGAUGUGUGGGCUCUUGAUUGAGUUUGCUCAACAAAACUAUUUUGUCACUGCGAAACCGCUGCAGAUUACGACAACAGAAGGAUACAAGUAUGACGGAGUCCAGUUUGUUCAAAAGCAAAUUGUGGCUAUUAACAUUAUAAGAAGUGGAGAUUGUUUUAUGUGGUCUCUUAAAAAGUCAUUUGCAGAGUUGACUAUAGGCAAGAUGUUGAUUCAGAGUGACUCUACUACGGGCGAGCCGCAGUUGCAUUACGAGAGUUUACCUAGUAAUGUUGGUGAUAUUGGCAAGAUUAUGUUGUUUGACUCGCAAGUUAUAAGUGGUGCAGGAGCGAUAAUGGCCAUUCAAGUGCUUAUAGAUCAUAAAGUGAGAGAAGAGGAUAUUAUAUUGGUCACGUACUUGUCUACUGAAAUUGGUAUUAGGAGGAUUAUCAAUGUGUUCCCCAAUGUCAAGAUUGUUAUUGGGAAACUAUCAACCAUGGAUCCAAGCAAGUUGGACCCAAAAAGCAACAAUGGGUGUCUUCCAUGGUAUAAUACAGAAGGGUUCUUGGAUAGCCACUGGCACUUUAGACACAGAUUUAUAGAUAGUUUAUAUUUUGGCACGCAAUAG